UCUAGCAUAGUCAUGUAUGUCUACAUUGGAAACACAGUCCAGUCCCCGGUCCUCUUUUCUCUUCCUCCGGUAUGGGCAAAGGCAGCGUUCGCCAUUGCUCUCCCAAAUUUCCUGUUGUCAUCCUCACUAAUUCUUUAUUCCGGGUUAUACACUCAUACAGCUACAAAGCUGGUGUUUGUUCGAAUAUUUCGUCAUUCAGAGCACGUCCAUUCGCAUACCUUACUCGGGUGGACGGUUUGGACUUUGCUGUGUUUUGCAGGCUCAGCUAUUACUGCAAUUCUCGCCAUCGCAGUUCCGAUAUUUUCCUACCUAAUCGGCAUCACGGCAGCCCUCUUUGCCGCACGGUACAUGUACGGUUUGGCCAGAUUCUUCUGGUUGCAUGACGCAUAUCAUCUCGAGAGUGGCAUGGACGGGCUCAAAUGA